CGGCAGUCUGCCGAACCAUCAUGAAUGAUGGUUCCCGUCGCGUCAGUUUCGCGUUUCCAUGAAGAGCAGCCCAGCUUCGGCUUGAUGGCUACAUAUAAUCUCUGAAUUUUUUUUUCUGCUUUUCUCAUUCUCUAAACAUUUUCUUUUCUUCUACCGCUUGCAGUUUUCCUAGAUUUUGUCUGUGCCCGUUUCUUUUUCUUCACUUCCAGCAUGACACGCAACGAAGAUCUUGCGCAAGAACCUCCUGCAUCGAUUAACCCAUACGGGGUUCUUGGCGUAGAAGAGAAAGCAACUGCAGAUGCGAUAAAAUAUGCGUACAGGAAGAAGGCGCUGAAACACCAUCCGGACAAAUCGCCACCAGAGCUGAAAGAUGAAGCGAACAAGAAAUUCCAAGAGAUUGCCUUUGCAUACGCCAUUUUGUCGGACGAGCGACGACGACGACGUUACGACCUGACAGGCAGCACGGCGGAGACGCUCGAUCUCGAGGAUGACGAUUUCGACUGGGUAGAUUUCUACAGAGAGCAAUUUUCGAGCAUGGUGGAUACAGAUGCCAUUGAGAAAAUUAAGAAGGAAUAUCAGGGCUCCGAGGAGGAGCAGAAUGACCUGCUCGCCGCAUUUGACAAAUGCAAAGGAAACAUGGAUCAAGUCUACGAGACUGUUAUGCUUAGCAACGUGCUUGAUGACGAUGCACGUUUCUGUGCGAUUAUUGACAGUGCUAUCGCUGAAGGGAAGGUGAAGAAAUGGAAGAAGUACACUGAAGAAUCCGACCAGAAGAAGGAGCAGAGAUUGAAACGGGCUCAAGCCGAGGCGAAGGAAGCCGAACAGUUGGCGAAAGAGCUAGAGUCGAAGGGAAAGAAGAAAAAGAAGGCCGCAACUUCGGAUAUGAAUGACCUUGCGGCGUUGAUUCAGAAGCGACAGAGCAAUCGAGCAGCCGACUUUUUAGAUCAGCUGGAAGCAAAGUAUGCGCAGUCAACUAAGGGCUCGGGGAAGGGCAAGAAACGGCCAGCUGGGCGUGAAGAGCCUCCGGAAGAAGCAUUCCAAGCUACAGCUGCUCGGAUGGCAGCCAGCAAAAAGAAGAAGGCCAAAACUUGACACAAUCUCUUGUCGUGUCUACCAUCUUUACGGGAAUACUCUGGCUAGGAGUCUGGCGAUUUGCAGGAUUUGUCUACUUUUGAUUCUCGUUUUCUUCCCCGUUUUCUCUUUUUCUCCCCUGUUUUCUGUUCUUGGGAAAAGGGAUAGAUAUGUUUAACUUUGGCAUUUCAAUGGUGACAGGCAUGGGACUUUCCGGGAUUCGAGGGUUCAUAUUCUACUUGAUGCACGUUCUACCGAUGUAUUUUUUUUUUUUUUUUUUUUGCUUCAACCUAUUCAUAGCAACCGUCGAGUUACUAUGACAGUUCUUCAAGCGAAGUCUCCAGCGUCAUCCCUAGGCGGCAUAGACUUUCGAUAAGCGAACGACCAUAUACUGGGUCUGCUUGUAGGUAUACUAUCCAAAUACGGCCAGAAGACGAAGGCCAUCUUUUCAUAACUCUCUAUCUAAUAAUCCUCCUGGCUGCGAGCUUACCAGUAUCAAGAUGCCGCUAGCUGUGCUUGUGGCACUUGGCUACUUUGCACAGCUAGUUGAGACAAAGACAGACAAUCCUAGGAAUGGGAAUGAGGAAGAUAUCCAGCUCCAGCAAAGAAAAACACAUCUUUUAACAUGGGUUAACAACAAACCCCCCCCCUUCUUCAGCGCCGAGAUGGCGAGCUGUAGGUUCC